AUGCGGUCCAGAGCAUCAGUCAAGCCAUCCCAAUACCCCCCGAUUCCAUUCCAUACCAUUCGCUUGUUCGGCCUAAUUUCCACCUUCAUUGUGGGCAUUAUCUUGGCCGUAUUCAUCAACCAACUGCAUAGCAACAACUACAAGCUCCCCUGGGCUUUCCUAAUCCUCCUCAUAGCCACCGUCUUCUCCCUCCUAAACUAUAUCCUCACGACCUUAACCCACUGCUGCUAUGGCCUCUCCCCGCGCCUCAACCUCGUCACCAACAGCAUCGUCCUCGUCCUCUGGCUUAUCGCCCUCGGCCUCCUAAGCUGGAGCAUGUCCCACACCAUCCUAACGACCUGCAACGCAACCUACUGGGGCACUUCGACCGGCAUCAGCGUCUGCAGGAUCUACAAGGCCCUCUUCACAUUCACCAUCGUCGCUGCGACAUCCCACAUCGCCGCCGCCGCUCUGGACGUCAUCGUCUACCGACGCCAAACCCGCUUGGGCCAGUACGACCCCAUGGCCAGCAGCACCGCUCUCAACGACUACAAGAUGCACAACCGCGACAGCAGCAUCAUGUCCGGCGGCGUUGGUCCCUACCCGCCCGAUGAGGCCGACCACCCCUAUUACGCCAACCACCCCCAACAAGAACCCCUGUACCAGCACGCCCCGGAGCCGUUGUACCAUCCCAGCCAGCGUAUGCCGCCCCCUCCUGCGUAUGGGGCUGGCUCGUUGGAGCAGCACCAUGCCGACGAGGCGGAGGAGUACUCCGAUGCGGCUCCGGUGCAGGGACGCCGGAAGCCAAGAGUGAGGUUUAGUGCUUACGGGGGUACUGCGGGUUAUAGUCAGCCAACGGAGCAGACGAGUUAUGAUCCGGCUGCGUAUCGGUAA